CACCGCAGCGAGUCAUGUGACCUCGGAGCCCGUAUGUGCUUGUCUCCGGAACACUGAGAAUGCGAGUGAGUCCAGAGGAUGUCGGAUAGGAUGGAGUGUACUGGAGGAACUUUGUCUGUUAAAUCCACCAAGACAUAAAAGAGCCAUAUACUUUACGUGUCCGGCAUCAGUAGGCUAAAGAAGAAAGGACCCUUGUUUCACUUUUUAAAGCGGCUCGGUUUGGCUUGUGUGGUUUAUCUGCGGCGAGCGGAGCCGAAUGUUGGAGCACAGAGGCGCAGGUAGUGCACUCGCGCGCGGAUCCUAGAGAGACGGGAGACGGGCUCGGCAGGUACACGCUUACCGUAUACCAGAGGGGGAUGUUAUCGGUACUUUCCUAUGGCAGGAUCGUUGCCAGGGCUGUCCUGGGCGGACUCUCGCAAACGGACGGCAGAGACUAUAGCCUGAUCACGGCCAGCUGCGGCUUUGGGAAGGACUUUCGGAAGGGGAUCCUGAAGAAAGGCAUGUGCUACGGCGAUGAUGCCUGCUUCAUUGCCCGGCACAAGUCCGCGGAUGUCUUGGGUGUUGCGGAUGGCGUCGGGGGCUGGAGGGAUUACGGCGUGGACCCAUCUCAGUUCUCCGCCACACUGAUGAGGACGUGCGAACGGCUCGUGAAGGAGGGCCGAUUCACUCCCAGCAGCCCCGUGGGCAUCCUGACCUCCGGUUACUUUGAACUCCUGCAGAACAAAGUACCACUGUUGGGGAGUAGCACAGCUUGUAUAGUCGUUCUGGAUCGUCGGAGUCACAGGAUACACACCUGUAACCUGGGAGACUCUGGCUUCUUGGUGGUUCGGGGUGGAGAGGUGGUCCAUCGGUCAGAUGAGCAGCAGCACUACUUCAACACACCCUUCCAGCUGUCCAUAGCACCACCGGGGGCAGAGGGCGUGGUGUUGAGUGACAGUCCUGAGGCGGCAGAUAGCUCCUCCUUUGACGUCCAGUUAGGGGACAUUAUUUUGACCGCUACUGAUGGCCUCUUUGACAACAUGCCUGACUACAUGAUCCUGCAAGAACUCAAGAAACUGAAGAACACCAACUAUGAUAGUAUCCAGCAGACUGCACGCAGCAUCGCUGAACAGGCUCAUCAGUUGGCCUACGACCCCAACUACAUGUCCCCUUUCGCCCAGUUUGCCUGUGACAACGGGCUGAAUGUAAGAGGGGGGAAGCCUGAUGACAUCACAGUGCUGCUGUCCAUUGUGGCAGAAUACACGGACUGAGCUCCUCUCUUACACCUGUGUCUUCCACCCCUGUCCUAUUGCACUGCUCCCCAUCUCACAUCUCCCAGCACCCUUUUCCAUUCUUCCAUUUCUCGAGUAGAUCUCCAGUCAACGCAGAGAGGAUAGCAUGAACUCGCUGGUGUGGGCGGUGAAGCAAGUGGUACUACGUCGCCUACAAACAGUCCAAAAUUGAUGACCUCACUCCCAAAAGGAUUUUGGGAAUCUAUUACCUGUGUUGUAAAUCUGUUAUUUCUAGUUUCCCAAGGUGCAAGGAGGGCCAUGCAUUACCCACAAAAAGGGGUUUCUAAUGGAAGGAGCUGUCGCAUUUCACUCUUGUGGCUCGUGCAAAUGAAAAGUUGUUGUUGUUGUUGUUGUUAAAUGGUUGGUUGUCUAUGCCUUGAGAGAAAAAUUUGAGCGUCUCUGAAGUCUAUAUGAGCUGGAGUGCUUCUAUGUGUGUGUACGUGUAUAAUAAGUCCCAUGUGGUUGUUGGUCGACUUUGGUUAAGCUGUAAAGGAAAGGUCGGUUAAAGUUCAGAGGGAGGCCUGGUUAGACUUAAACCUGUUGGGAAAUGCAAGUGCAUUGGGAUGUGCUGACUUGUUCUUUUCAGCCAGCAUGUCUGCCUCUAGAGUUAUACAGCCUUCACCGACACUGUCACUUUGUGAGGUCUCAGAUAAUGGAUUUCAAGUUCAUUGGCUUGUGUUUGAUUUAGAAGAGAUAGAAACUAAACUGCACAGACGUCAUACCAGAGAAUGUCACAAUCCGCUAAUAUACAGAUACUCACUCACGCGGACAGUGGAUGUUGACGUUGACUGUGAAUGCGUGUUGGAUGUAUAUUUACAUGACUUCACCUAUUGAGUUUGGAAGUCUACACGCACAAAUGGCUAGCAUCUGGCAAUGCUUUUCAUGAAUCGAAAGGUCAGGUAUAUAAAUAAAUGUUUUAUUUUUAUAAAUAUUUAGCUUUUAGUGGACAAGAUUAAACAGAAUGCAGAAGCUAGGGACCGUUGGUCUUUACGGAUCGACUGUAAGGCCUAUUGGCGUAUUCUGUGCUCCCUAGUGAGGCUUGGGUUAUUUUUUUAAUCGAUUGAAGGGUAUCUAACGCUUUUUGUUUUCCAGUGUCGCUCUAGAUUGGUUCUAGAGAACAUUUUCACAUUCAUGUGCUGCUUUAAUUUUUUGUAAAUUAUAAAUGUGUGAGUGACUACAUUUAUUUAUAUGAAUGUUUUUACCUGUACAAUAUAAAAUGGGUGAGCUGAUGAUUUUAUUUCACUAAAAAAGCAACAGUUUGAUUGAGUGUUUAGAGUGAUUGCCUCAAAGUCUUUCAAUGAAAUGGAACACCGAUUCUGUUGUAUGAAAAGCAAAAACUAUACACAAUGGUUAUAUUUUUGUCCAGUUUAUUGAGAUUGGGAAACCAUAAAGCAAUACAGUUAAUUAAAAUGUGUCUUUUUAGUUUUGGUUUCUCCAGUUAUAGCUGUCAAUUGUUAUGCAUGCCCAGGAUGGCAAACCUCAGUCGAGUGCAUUCAGUUGGUAAAACUGAUCGAUACAUGUAUAGCCCAUGAAUAAAUACACUUUUAAGCUUUCAUAUUCAAAAUCCUGUGGAACUCAAUGUUUUGUGAGGUUUGCCAUCCUGAUAUGUUCCCCAAAGGCAUGGCUCUAGUUCUUCACAGAUAGUGAGGACUAUAAUCAAGUCCUCAGUUGUGCCUGCAACCCAAUUAGACCAGAACUGUGGUCUCUUACAAUGUGUAACGUCUUGUGAGUCAUGGUCAUGUUGAAGUCAAUGUCUCUAUCCACAUUGUUUAAUCAGUAAAUAAAACCAAAGCAGGAAAGCCAUAAGACCAGCAUGACCAAGGUCUCACCCUAUCAUUGCCACCUUUGUAGACUGAAAACUAAUUGUUAAAUGUUGAGAGUAUCUGCCGGAAAUACCAUUGUGUCCCAUGUCUGCUUUUCUUUCUAGAUAAAUGAAAUGGAAAUCAACUAAACAGUCAGUAAUGUGUAAUGGUUGUUAAAAUCAAUUGUGUACUUGACAAAUUACAAAAUGUGUGAUCCAAGUCAUUUUAUUUUAGUCAAAGGUGACUUCAGGUGUAAUUUCAGCACCUGUAGAGGCAGCAAACAGAACUGCAGUCUGUUUGUUUUACCAGCUCUACCAAUGGGCGUGAGUCUCACUGUGAUGGCAGUGUUUGGCUUCGUUCAGACAGGCUAUAUGAAUUACUUUUGUGUGUAUGUCAGAAACAGGGAAAAAAUAAAUUAAUUAAAUUAUAUCAAUCAAUCAUUUUUGGAGUUUUAGGAUGCGUCUCAGUGUGAACGCACCACGUAUAUCAUCAUACAAAUGACGAAAUGCACAAUAUUUUCUGGAUCUGUGUCCAAAUAUACUAAUUCAUCACAAAACAAAUUUUCCAGUUUUCCAUCCUCUCCUUCCACAUUGAAAGCUACUCUCAUUUGUUGUAUGAGAAAGUAUCGCAUUGAUUAUUUUACUAUAGCAACAGAUGUACUAUAACAAUCUUAUUUGAAUCUUUCCCUUCAUACAAAAUGACAAUGCAAAAAUCAGUCCUAGAGAUUGAAUAUAAAAAAAAUAUAUUAAAUUUGUGUGCAGUGUGAACAAAGCCAGUUAAACUUAUUUGAAAACGUGCAGUUCUGUUUGGCGUCAUUGGUGGUGCAUAAAGUACACGUUUUGCCUUUAGUGAGUGUCAUUGCAUGAGAAACAUUUUAGUGUCUGGGGUUUUGCCACUUUGUCUGUCUGUCUCGCACACACGUUUCUCCCCCCCAAAGGCUUUUGUUAUGGUCCAUCCAAAUAAAAUCAGAUGCACUUUUAAUAUAGUGCAGUUUUCUUACAUCCUAAUUUAAAACAGGAAACUUGCCUCCCUGAGUUUGGCUGAUAAUGACUGAAUGCUAAUCAAAUCUGUGUCUGUGUUUCACUGUGAGUGAACCAUUAUACAAAUCAACAUACCAUAGACGCCUUAAAAUCUCAUACUGUCCCAUCCAGAGGCCUUUGUGUGGCAAAGCUUGCAUGUCUCAUCUGGGUGUCGCUUACAGCAGUGUCGUAACUUUUGGUUGUAUCAUCUGUCCUUCUCUUAUUCGAUCGUUUCUAUGGUGCUUCUGCAGUCAAGAUGAGUCUCUCAGUCUCUGAAGCAGACAAUGUGCGAAUGAGAACUAUACUUUUUUUUUGUGUGUGUACAGUGUAACAAUGCAAGUUCCUGUAAAUAUGUUUUCCAAGUUGUAAAAUAUUUAAAUAAAAAUAUAGUAUUUAUACUAAAA